AUGUUUCCCGCUCGCCCAAUCGUUGCACUGGACAGCCACCCAGGUAUUGUCCGAUUUAAGGGUUUCCCUGAGGAUAUGAAGCUAAAUACCCUUGCAAACAUUCGAACAGUAGGUUUGUUUCGCCAAUCUGAAUGUUUAACAGCUUAUGCAAUGGAAGUAUUCGUUGACAUCGCAAAUCAAGUGAAUUCCAUUCUUAAGAGAAUCCAAGACAUCUCAGAAAGAUCAAAAGCUCUUGAGGCAAAGUUACCAGGUGCCAUUGAAGUCGUUAAGAAUACCAACAGGAAGUUCUGGCCCUACAGCUCUCCAGAUUUCCCAAUUCCAAAGGAUGCUCAAAACGAUGACGAUGUUAACAAGGAAUUCGAAUUCGAUCAACCAACACUUGUUAAGAAAGUCAUCACAAAGGCAGACCCCGCACCAGACUUCUCAGCUUUCGAAGCAAUUACCAAGGGUUGCGAUCCAUCAGAUCCCAAUAAGACUGUCAACUUCAACAUCCUUCACUCUAAUCCUAAUUUCGUCAAGAUCCAAUACAAGCAAGAACUUAUUGACAACAUCAGAGCAGAGCAAGAGAAAAAGAAAGCCGAAGCAAAGGCAAGAAAGGAGAAGGCCAAACUCGAAAACGAGCAGAUGAGAUCACGCAAGGCAGAAGAGAAGGCAGAUAACCAGCAGGGCUCAGAAGACUUGAUCAGCGCUCUUGCUUCCCCACCGCCACGCCCAACUGCCCUUGUUUGCCCACCAUCAAAGGGUAAAGCUUCUCAUGGCGCCGUUCCAAUCUCUCUCCAAACUACAGCAGGCACAAAUUACAAGGCAACAGUUUCUGUCUCAUUGCCAGCUGCCUCAAAACCAGCCGCUCCAUCUGCUCCAUCCAAAUCUGCUGGCGGAGCACCUCCUCCGCCACCACCACCUCCUCCAGCAAAUCUUCCUCCACCACCUCCUCCAUCAGGCGGCAGAGCUUCACCAGGAGGAAGCGCACCAUCCACAGCAGAUUUGCUCAAGGGUGGCAUCAAGCUGAAGAAGGUUGAAAAACCACCAGAGCCAGCACCAGCUCCAAUGACUCACUUAGAUCUCAUCAAGCAAGGUGGCUUCAAGCUCAAGAAGGUCGAUAAGUCAAAGCCUCUUCCUCCACCACCGAAACCAGAAGUCGAAAAUGUCGAUCCAAACUCACUCUCUCUCCAGGAAAUUCUUGCAAGAGCUGCUUCAAUCAGAGAUGCAGUUGCUGGAUCAGAUGAUUCAGAUGAUGAUGAAGAAAGUGAAUCAUCAUCAACAACUUGGUAA